AUGCCCGGCGCAGGGCACAGGGCGAGGCAGUGGCGUUGGCCAGGGGGCCGGGUGCGGGGGCCGGCCCCAGCCGUCCAGCCCCUGGCCCCCGUAAGGGGUGAUGAGGGCAGGGGGAUCGUGGUCCUGCAUGUGAACGUCCCGAGGAGGAGAGCUGGCUUGCCAGACCCGUGCCUACAACUGCCGGACCCUGUCUCCACCCACCGAAGCCGGGGCCCCGGGGCUGCUCUGGCCGACGGGGUGCGGCUCUUGGAGCCCUUGUGCGCCACUGGUGGGGAGCGCCUCCUCCUGCUGCUGCGGCCCCUCCCAGACGCCCACUUGUGCUCUGCGGGGGGGCAGCUGCUCGCCGGAGCACCCCACCUGCGCUCAGAAGUCCAGCCGUGGGUUGCAGGGCAGUUCCAACCCGUGAAGGACAUGCUCACUGGCAGGGGGAGCCCACCCCAAGUGCCUGCGGCCUGCCCGGAGCGGACGCACACCGACCGUGUGCUCUUCCACAUCUGUGACACCUCGGGUCUCGAGGAGCAGCAGCUCACUCUGGGUCAUUGCUGCGUAGACACACCACACCCUGUGCGGACCACACUGGCGACUCGCUGUGUUCGUGGAGUGGCUGCUGCAGUGAAAUCAGCAGCACUGCAGUGUCAGAACACCACAGGAGGACGACCCCACCCCCGGGGUGGCGACCCCGCUGGGGGCGUCUGGAUGACGGCUCAGCACAGCGGAGCCAGCGAGCGGCUCCGGAACCUCCGCCUCCGCUCCGUCUGA